GUACAACAAAACCUAUUUCAGCGCUUAGCCGCUUAAUUAUCUAAUGACGUGAUAAGAUGAUUGCAUAAUUCGUUCUUAUCUGUUGCAAACGAUAAAAACAGAGAAUGAGCUGCUGUUGUAGUACAGACGAAAGCCGCACAAUGGCAAGUGACAUACCGAAGGUAGAAAGCUUAAUAAAUGAAGCCGAGAAAGCUUUUACAGAAAAAUUCAAAAGUAAGCCAGACGUGGUGGUAUUUGCACCCGGAAGAGUGAACUUAAUAGGCGAACACACCGAUUAUAACGAUGGUUUCGUUUUGCCUAUGGCUUUACCUCUGGUGACAGUUGUGGUAGGAAGCAAGAACAAUACUGAUACCUGCCAUGUCUUGACAACUAACCAGCAAUGUGAUGCACCAAAAGAAACUGAUUUUCUUAUUCCGUCUAAGCAGUCUCUUCAGCCAGGGUCACCUAAAUGGGCUAAUUAUGUUAAAGGAGUUGUUCAGAAUUUUAAAGGUGCAGUCCCAGGCUUUAAUGCUGUCAUUUCUUCAAGUGUUCCACUUGGCGGAGGUGUUUCAAGCAGUGCUGCUCUAGAGGUUGGAGUUUAUACAUUUCUGGAGGCGCUUACAGGAGAGAAAACAAACCUCCAAGACAAGGCGUUAGCAUGUCAGAAAGCUGAACAUACAUUUUCAAACAUGCCUUGUGGCAUUAUGGACCAGUUUAUUUCAGUGAUGGCCAAAGAAGGCAGUGCCUUACUUAUUGAUUGCAGAUCAAUGGAAGCAACUAUAGUUCCUAUCAAUGAUCCAAAAAUUGUUAUUUUAAUAACAAACUCAAAUGUUCGGCAUGAACUGACUGGUAGUGAGUAUCCAACUAGAAGGAAGCAGUGUGAAGAAGCUGCAAAACUGCUUGGAAAGAAAAGCCUGAGAGAUGCUAAAUUAAGUGACAUUGAAGUGCUACAGCAGAAGAAGGUUGAUGAAGAUAUUGUGCGUCGUGCCAGACAUGUCAUAGGUGAAAUUAAUAGAACUGAACAGGCAGCAGAGGCACUGAAGAGCAAAGAUUUUACGUUAUUUGGAAAGUUGAUGUUGGAGAGCCAUGAGUCAUUAAGGUCAGACUACGAAGUCUCUUGUGCAGAAUUAGACCAGCUGGUGAAGGCAGCUACUGAGGUGAAAGGUGUGCUUGGCUCUCGCAUGACUGGUGGAGGGUUUGGAGGCUGCACAGUGACACUGGUGUAUAAAGAUGCUGUUAAUGAAGUCAUAAACAAUACAAAAAAGAAGUACAAAGGAAAAGCAACAUUUUAUGUAGUCACCCCAUCUGCAGGAGCUACAGUUGUGAGAGGGAAGUAAUAUCAGUGAAACCAUAUACUGCCAUGACAGCUGUAGAAUUGUUAUAUUUGUGAGCACUUGUUUUGGGCUACAUAGUGUUGCACAUUUAGUCAUACAGCAAAACUAUUUCAGAUUUUGAAUAAUUGUAUGAAAACUAUUACUAGACUAAUUUUUAAUGUAAUUAGUACAACUGAUGAAGUCAUAUCUUGGGUGUUAAAUCUUAAGGUUGAAAAUAUGGGAUUAGGUGGUGUUUUACAAAAGGCACUAUGUUAUUGAUCAGUUAGAAGUGUUUCUCUCAAGGAGUUUGCCAUUUUGCUUAUUAAACUAUUACAAACAUUUCUCUUCACUCUGCAACAAAGUGUACAUUAUAUGCCAUCUUAAAGCAAAUUAUAUGAUUUUCCAGACCAAUAA